CCUUCGACAACGACAUCAUGUCGUACCCCGAUCCCUCUGAGUUCGACUAUGCCGCCUUUCUGCAGACGGAUGACAUGGGCUUCGUGGAUGCGAUGCAGGGCCAGUCGACGGGCUCGCUCUCUGGGUCGUCAGGAGGAAUGCACACGCCCCCGUAUUCCAGCGCCCGGAGCCUGUCCAACAGCAGUAACAGCAACCAAAACGCCGUUGACCUGAGCCUCCGCCGACUUCCGGCGCAUCAGAGGCAGCGGCUGGAGCGGAGAGGCCAUACCAAGAGCCGUCGGGGAUGCUACAACUGCAAGAGGCGACGCAUCAAGUGUCAAGAGACACACCCAGCCUGCGGUCACUGUCUCAAGACAGGCCUGAAGUGCGAGUACCCUGCUUCGCCUCAGAUCACGCACCAGCCUCACAAUCAGAUUCCCCUGUUCAGCUUGCAGGAUAUGCGAUGCUUCCAGUACUUUUUGACACAGUGCUACCCCCACCAUCCUCUGAAGCAGGAAGAGAUUUGGACUCACGAGAUUCCAAGCAUUGCGCACAACCAUGAGUUUCUUAUGCAUGCCAUCCUGGGGUAUGCGGCCUCGGAGCUGAUGCACACAGACCCUAACCUUGCGCCGGUGGCCAUGGGGCAUCGCAUCAAAGCCGUCAAGGCAAUCAAGAAGCGAUUAACAGAUACGUCAAGGAUAGAGACGACUUACGAGGAGGCCAACGCCCUAGUAGCCACCUGCUUUGCAUUGACUUUCCAGUCCGUCAGCCUUGAAGACGGCUUGGCCGAGUACAUGACGUUCAUUCGCGGCAUUGUCAUUGUGGGGAUGCAAAUGAUGUUUAAGAGCAUCAAGCCUCUUUUUAGUAACCUGUUUGAGUCGAACCAAGAUGAAGUCCUUGCACCAUACAUGGAGGGGCUGCCGCUGAUUCAGAGGGGGUGGGCGGAGAUGGCUAUUGAAUCCAUUACGAACCUGCUUCCGCUCUGUACGCACCAGGUUGAAAUCGAAUAUCACGAACAGCUGAUGACGAUUUCAUCCCAACUACUGACCAACUCAUUCGAAGCGUACAAGGCCAAUUCGAGACAAUACGCGUGGUGGAUGCUGUUGCCGCAUGCCUCUUUCCAGGAGCUCAUCAACGGCAACAACCAAGUCGUCAUUCUGUUGCACACCCAUUGGAUAGCGCUGUCGCAAAUCAUGGCUUUCAUCAACGAACAAGAAUACGAGGUGCGAGAGAAGCACCCUGUUCGACAAGAGAGUAGCCGCAUCGACCCCGGAUUCAUUCGUUGGCUCAAGCAUCUCAACGCGCGUGUGGACCAAGGGCACCAGACGUUUAACCAAUGGCCCAGCCCAGGCAGUGGGCGAGAGGAGAGUCGGGAAGAGAGGACACAGAAGGAGAGCGGCUGCAGACAUACACACGGCAAUACUGCGUACGGGCUGAUGAAUAGAGCGUGUAGUCAACAGUCACACAUGGAAAGAAUCGGGCUGGGAGAAUCCCCUGAUAUGGCAGAUGACACCCCAUCCUAG